AGUCUCGUUUGUGUUUUGCUCGCGUACGGUUCGGUAGCGAAAGAUCGUCCAAUCAGCGCGAUCGGUCGAUCGACGACAUUACUCGUCGCGUGAUAUUUACCUUUGGACAUUUUUUUCAUCUCUUCGUGUAUCGCUAGAGGGUUGAUAAUUGGAUAAACUGAAAUUGUUCGGAGUGAGAGUCAAUUGAACGGGAGUGUAAAUAGUGUAAAAGAAAUGUCAAAUUGCUAAUUAGUUACAAAUUAUGACAUUUGAACAGUGAAAGUACCCCAUCGGAACGUAAUGGUUGGUGCGUAUGAUCGUGAAUGUAUUUCUGCGUGAGGCGCGAUGCUUGCGGAAACUUGAAAACCAUCAUUCGUGUGACAAUAGGUGUUACAUCAAUCGUUCCUCUCUGGCACGAAGUCGAUUUUAAUACAGCUGUUGCAAUGCCACGAUCACCGAGUGGAGGAAUCCAAAGCAGUUAGUUUAGUCAUUUUUUUUCGAAAUAGUUUUCUGCAUAUUGCAACAAAGCCUGCUGUGAUUGUGAUUGGAUCGAGAGGGGCGAGCACCGAACGGAAUUUAGAAUGGCCUAACCCAUGGUGCUGUGGUCGGGGAGAUGUUGAAGAGAUUUCGGUAGGUGUCGCUUUGGGUGUAUUGGUGUUGUGAGCUCUGCGCGAGAGCGAUCUACCGUGUGAUCGCGACCAGCCGCGGAUCGACGGACGAGAGCGGAUUGCGUUAGUCCGGGUGCAGUAUAAUAAUUUGCGGUGGUUUCGAUAUUGGUUCCGUCGCCGACGAUUUUUUUUAAGGAGCCUCCGAGUGUUUUUGUCUGCAACAAAGUUUGCGAAAGCCUACUGCUGUGAUUGCUACGAUCGAUUGGUGCGAAGUUCCAGCGGCUCAGCCAAUCGUAGCAAGCCUUGGCAGACUUAUUUCCCUUUCACGCAUGAAGUGCUCGGUACUGACCGCAAGAAGAGGUGCUCAAAAAAGAAAACAACAAUAACAAAAAAUACAAUCAUAAUUAUAAUCUGUGGUUGACGAAGUUGACCGUGGAACACAGAAAAAAUUCGAUUCUUACAAAAAAGCAGUGAUUUUCAGAGUGUGCUGAUUGUGUGCGUGGGUGUUUUCUGGUGUCUGCGUGUCUCCCAACAAGUGACCAGUGAAUGGAAUGUUGUUGAAAAAUAUGAAGUUGUCAGUUUUCACAACAAUCGUGAUGUAGCGAAUGGGAAGUGCAAGGAAAUGUCAAAAUGAAAGUUGUUCCCAUUGCCCAUUGUAUUGGCCAAACAAAACACAGCCACAUAGCGUUGGUGUUGUAGUGGAGAGGUUUGCUUUACGAACUGAGACACGGCAGUUCCUUCUUCCGUCCACAGUAGGCAGCAAAAGACAAAAGAUUUCGACGGACGGAAUGCGAGAAACCUUCGUCGUCGUCGUCCAAGCUGUCGUCACACGAACUUUGCAUAAACACAUGCAAUUGUGCAGCGGUGCAUGAAGGCACGCACAAUUUGACGGUGGAGCAAUUUUGCUGUCUUCCAUAAGGAUGAGCUAGCAUAAACAUCGUCAUCGACACUUUUUGGUCUCUACCCCGGAGCUGAAAACAUCUCCACCACAAGUGACUUUACCCCACGAAACGCGAGAGAGAUGCUAGAUAGCAGUGUUGGAAAAGUUUAAAGAUUGCAACCGAUAGCGACAGCACCUGUUUACCAUCCAGUCCCGAAGAAGAAGAUCGACUGGGAAAACAGCUGCGAAGCGACGCCCGGAGAGUUCGCUGACUCGUUCGCUGAAGCGUGGCCAGAUAUGAAGCGUGGAUGCACUGAUAUGUGAUAUGUAUAUGUGUUCGUGUUUGUGCGCGGGGGGAAAAAAUAUUCAUGGGAAAGUGCAACCUUGCCUUUUCCGAGUUAGGAGGAGCCCAACCCGAAACAGAAGGGACGGAAUUUGAGCAAUGCGCGUGUGAAAGUGAAUUGACCCCAUCCGGUUGCCGCGUUUCAGGGGUAGUAUUUCAAUCAAUCAUUGGGUGUGCGCUCAUCGAAGCGAAGUUUGAAGAAUUCGAUAAUGAAUGAUAGUGAGCUGUAGUAAAAAUUCAAUGGAUGCAAUAUUUCAGAGGGUGUUAAACGUCGAUUUUGAUUGAAGCACGGUGAUUUGAAGUUUAGUGUAACGAUAGGUGCGUGCCAAGCCGAAGCGAACCUAAAAUUGCUUCGCAGAUUUUUUGUGGAAAGUGAAAAGGUAGUGGGAAGCUUCAGCACGGAAUUCGUUGGAAGGUGGUGGAAAUAUAGCUAGUUGAAAGUGAAAUUGAUUUGAAGCUCUUGUGUUGGAAUUCGGUGGAUUAUUAUGGCUAGCCGAAGGCAGCAGCAACGGAACCGGGCAAGGCUACAACCACAGCAGUAAUGAGUAACGGGACGACGACAGCAACGGUAGCAACGGCGACCGGAAAUGGUAGCGGCGGAACAGGGGCUACGGAUGCGGAAAGUUUGCCCACCUGGCGACUUUGGGGCGAGGAGCGCGAGAAGGACGCCAUCUACACCGUGUACCUGAAGAAGGUCCGCUACCACAGGCCGACGCCGAGUGCCAGCAGCCAAGACUCGGACGAUGAAAUUUCGCACUUGGAGUGGGAAACGGUUCGGGUGCGGUUCGUGAAGGCGGCCACCCUCUCGCGGCUAGUCGAUGCCCUCACUACGGACGAUGGCGAAUUGGAGAGCACCUUCGUGAACGUGUUCCUCACCACCUAUCGGACGUUUUCGCAGCCGGAAAAGGUGCUGGAGCUGCUGCUGAAUCGGUACGAGAAGUUGCUGGCCGCGGAGUUGGCCCUGUUACCGGCCGAGUCGCUCAACGAUCAGCACAAGAAAACUCUAGUCUCCGUUCUUCACGUGUGGUUGGAUGGAUUCCCCGAGGACUGGGAUACGGAAAACCUGCAAAGGUUGCUGGCGUUCACCUCGAAGCGGCUGCCAAACUCGGAAAUACACGUUAAAGCUUUACAUAGGUAUACAAAUAGGUUAGAUAAGUACAGUCGAAUACCACCACCGUUGCCAUGGUCCGACCUGACCGACCAGUUCGGGGGCCUCUGCCUAACGCCCGCCUUCCGAGGGCCUCCGUCCCACCUGCUUAACUCGUACCGCUUUCCGAACAUCCCGGUCAAGCACUUUGCCGAGCAGCUGACCCGUAUGGAUAUGGAACUUUUCAAGCGGUUGAUUCCACACCAGUGCCUGGGAGCCAUCUGGUCCAACAGGGACAAGCACGAAUGCGGCUCGGUACUGGCCACCGUUACCCAGUUCAAUGCCGUGUCGUUUCGGGUCAUAUCUAGCAUAUUGAUCGAACCGCGACUGAAACCACAGGAACGUGCGCUGCUUAUAUCUACUUGGAUUGACAUCGCGCAAGAGUUACGAUUGUUGAAGAACUUCUCGUCACUGAAAGCGAUCAUCUCAGGACUACAGUCGAAUGCCGUCUACCGGUUAUCAAAGACUUGGGCAGCUCUGCCACGGGAAAAGCUAGAGCUCUACACCGAAUUGGCGCGGAUAUUCUCCGAGGAUAACAACGCGUGGGCCCAGCGAGAAGUGCUGAUGCGAGAGGGAACGGCCAAGUUUGCCGACACGGUAGGCGAGAAUGAUCGUCACCUGCAGAAAGUGUUCCAGAAGCAGAACACCCUUAUCAGCCACGGCACAAUUCCGUACUUGGGAACGUUCUUGACGGAUCUGACCAUGAUUCAUGCUGCCAUUCCGGACACCCUGGCCGAAGGGUUGAUCAAUUUUGACAAGCGUAGGAAGGAAUUCGAGGUGCUGGCACAGAUCAAGCUGCUACAGGGUGCUGCCAAUACGUAUCAUCUGCCUGAGGAUGCGUUGUUCGAUCGGUGGUUCGCUUCAUUGCUGGUGCUCGACGAACGGGAGGCACACACGCUAAGCUGCCAGCUGGAACCACCUCCGGAAACGCACAAACGGCCUAGUCAUCAGGGGCACAAGAAGAGCGACUCGAUUGCUUCGAACAGCAGUAGCGGGGCUGGAUCCCAGUUCUACUGUGACAUCAACAAUGCGUCCAAUGCGAGCUACAGUUCCCGGAACAACUCCCUAGACCGAGACGUGACACCGCCGAACGCGUCUAUCCUCUCCGCGGCCAGUAGUGUUUCGUCCCUUUCGAUGGAAUCCACCACCUCGAGCAGCCAGAAGUCCAACCACUUGAACGGGUCCGCCUUGAUCCGGACGCCCCAGUCCAACAGAGUCCACAACGGAAAUUCCAAUUCGGCUAGCAAAAACGGGCACGACACUCCGAUCAUCAACGGACAGCUCAAGGAAGAUUCUCCGCUGAAGAAGGGUUCGCCCGAUUUCUACAUCAUCAAGGUUACCUACGAGACGGAUCACGUCGAACUGGAUGGGAUCGUGCUGUACAAAAGUAUUAUGCUCGGCAACAACGAGCGAACGCCGCAGGUCAUACGGAAUGCAAUGCUGAAGCUCGGUCUGGAAGGCGAUCCGGACAAGUACACGUUGUCGCAGGUUCUGCCGGACAAAGAACUGCUCCUGCCGAACAAUGCCAACGUGUACUACGCGGUCAACACGGCAUACAAUUUGAACUUUAUUCUUAGGCCAAAAAAGGAUCCGGACGGUGCUCGGUAGGAAAUCGGUGCGCCGCGGGGAGCUUGCUAACUUAUGAACCCGUUUGUAAAUAUAUUUAUUCUCUAGGAAGGAAGGUACAUCAGACGAAUCUCUUAUCGGAAGUGAAGCGCGAAAACCGCAAACAGUGUAACUGAUAUUAACCGGGAUAAUAUUUAAAAAUUGUUUUGUACAGAAUCUGUGGCGAACUAUAAGUAGCACGUAGGAUUAUACAAUGAACGUUUUUAGCCGCGUCGGAUCAGAUAAGUUUUAGAAACAAGCACGGAUUAUGAUCGUAACACGAAAAACUAACAUAUACUGGAUUUGAGACAAAUAGGAAACUAUAGAGCUUUCGGAGCGAUGAAAUCAGGAAUUGUCGAUAAACUGAGAAGUGAUAACUAUCCAAUUGUGUACUGUACAGAGAGAGGUUAACCAAGCAGUAUCCAAGACUAGACUAGACAUUUUUUAGGGUAGAUACUAGUUCAUGUAUACUAAAAAAGAAUGAAAAUUUAUUGGAAAUAUUAUAAUUCCUCACUGGUAAUUGAAACUUA